GUGGACCGCUGCAAGUUGUUCGAAACCGUGAGAUGAAGGAUCUCAACCUUUGUAAUUUAAAGAAGGUAUAUAGCGCAUUCAAUAACACGAUCAGCAUAUAUAACUCUGUGCAACCGGAUGAUUUCUAUGUACUACAGUGGGAUCUAAAGGAUAACAACGUCACUCUCACUUUUUCUCAGUAUGACAUAUGUGACGAAUUUAUAUAUACUGAAGAAGACGAAUGGGAAGAUUACGAAGAAAAACAAGGACUCACAGUGUGCCGCAAGCUAAGUGGUGGCCUCACAAUUGAAGGAUUUCAUCACAUGCCUGAUUCGCCUACCUUCAAUUUCUUUUCAAGUCUCACUGAGAUAAAUGGACCAGUCACUCUUAAGGACAACAAAGGUUUCGAAAGUUUUUACUUUCUGAAGAACCUGCGAAUAAUUAAUGCAAGUUUAUCGAAAGAAGCACCGCUGACAAUUUCUGGUAACAAAGGGCUAACAUGCCUUGGCUUUGACAACUUGGCACAUAUCUAUGGUGGGCAUCAUGCAACAAUCGAAGUUCAAAACUACUUACCGUUAUGUGACAUUGAUAUACUGCGAAAUUCUUUUACCGGAAAAAUCAAUUACAUUGUGGAAUCUGAGCCUGUUGACGAUACUGCCUUAGGAGUGGCAUUAAUUAUUGGAGGUCUUGCGAUAUUGUCGUCUAUAGUCUACGGCAGCUCAUAUGCGAUUUACAGGUGGGAGGAGAAACAAGAAAAAUUGCGGGAACAAGGAUACGUCCAAGUUGCAGGCAAAAAGCACGGAACCACGUUUUCCAAGGAUGAUAAUGGUAGAUAUGACAAGAAAGAUUGAUUGUAAAAGCGGAUAGACCGCAUUUUUGCUAAUACCCAAUAUAUACUGGCAUUUAUCCUAAUUAUUUUCUCUGUUAUAGAUGAAUCCAUAAACAUUUUUGCCGUCC